AUGUCCAUCAAGAGCGUCACUUUUUGCGUAUCUAAUGAAGUGGCAUUACCGCUGCAAAUAAAAAUUGACUCCCUGGAGGGGUCUAAACCUCUAUUGAAAGCGUCUCAAAAGCUUACACAACCUUCGUUGAUUCAAAGAACAUCAGACGUACAAGCAGAUAGUGAAAUGUUUGUUUCGGUACAGGUUUUUGAUAUGAAAAGUCGUAGGAAUCUCACAAUUCCGGUUUACACGCCAUACAUACCUUUCAAAAAUCUACGAAAGUGGGACGUUUGGCUGACACUACCGAUAACUUUAGAACAACUGACAUCGCACAGCACGCUACACAUUGUGCUUUGGGAGUUUGACGGUGAUAAAGAGGUGGAAUUUUUUUCGACCGAGACACCGCUGUUUGAACAAAACAGUCGAACUUUGAAAAGAGGUUCAGAGUCAAUAAAGUUCAAGUACGACGAACCUGACAGUAGCACAAUUGAGACCAACGAAACCCAGCAACUCAUCAACAAGUUUAAACAGGGCGAGAUAAAGGCCGUUCCAUGGCUAGAUGAACUUACGUUUCAGCAAUUGAGCAAGAACAGUAAGAAAAGAAAACUUCCGCAAGGUACAUUUAUUCUGAACAUUGAAUACCCGCUAUUCGACCUCCCGGUCGUAUACGCAGAAAAACUGUCAAGCAACGUUCAAGGAAACAUCCCCACGUACCACAACUUUGAUGUAAACACUGACACUCAGACCUCGCGCCCGGAACCACAGGCGAAAAUUUCAAUUGGCAAUGCCGCAGACUCCACUUUAAAGUUUUACGAUCCUGAUCAGUUCAACCCAGACCCAAUAGAAGAGAAGUUCAGACGUUUAGAGCGGGCUAGUACUAAUACUAGCUUAGAGAAAGAACUCAAACCAGACGCGAAAAAGCGAGAUGCGUUGAACACCAUUAUAUCGUAUCCACCAGGUAGCGACUUGACAGCUCAUGAGAAAGGGUUGGUGUGGAAAUACCGCUACUAUCUAAUGAACAAUAAGAAGGCUUUGACAAAGCUUUUACAGGUAACCAAUCUCACGGAGGAAAGCGAGCGCAAAGAGGUCCUCGAACUAGUAGAUGCAUGGGCUGAGAUAGAUAUAGAAGAUGCCCUUGAACUUCUAGGAUCGGCGUACAGAAAUCUAUCGCUGCGAUCGUAUGCUGUAAACAGGCUCAAAAAGGCUUCAGAUAGCGAAUUAGAACUGUAUCUUUUGCAGCUGGUGCAGGCUGUUUGUUUCGAAAGCGGCGAGCCGCUUUCAGACAAAUCAGCAAGCGAGUUUACGAUUGUCAAUGUUGCUCAAAGUGGAGCGGCCGCGCAAACUUCACCUAUAUCCGAAUUGAACAAUGGCAGCAAUUCCGUGAACGAACUGAAUAAUUCAGAGUUAGGACAAAGCUCAGUUUUGAUAUCGCCUCUUGCAGAAUUCCUAAUCAGGCGCGCGAUAAUAAAUUCACGUUUGGGAAACUUCUUCUAUUGGUACUUGAAGUCAGAAUCCGAGGGUAACCAGUAUUUGACGCAUAUUUUGGAGAGCUUUGUCAGUCGUUUACCCAAGGAAAGACGCGCUAAGCUUAAGCACCAAUCUCUUUUCAUAUCCAUGCUGGAAAGCUUUUGCUUGGAAGUAAAGAACUUGAGAGAUACAACACCCAAAAAAGUAGAGCUUCUAAUGCAUCUUUUGACGUCGAAGCUCCGGCCAUUCUUGAGAUCGGCCCCAGUGGAGUUACCACUGGAUCCCGAUUUUACUGUCACUGACGUCAUUUUACAGGACUGUAGAGUCUUUAAGAGCUCUUUGUCACCCGUAAAGAUUGCUUUCAACACUCUUCAUGGCCCGGAAUACGCUCUCAUGUUUAAAGUUGGUGAUGAUUUGCGGCAAGACCAACUUGUUGUCCAAAUCAUCUCCUUAAUGAACGAGCUUUUGAAAAAUGAGAACGUUGACUUGAAGUUGACGCCGUACAAAAUCCUAGCGACCGGAUCCAAAGAGGGCGCUAUCCAAUUCAUUCCCAACGACACCCUCGCCAGUAUUUUGAGCAAACACCACGGAAUCUUGCCCUAUCUGCGAACUCACUAUCCCUCUUCUGGGACCGACUUGGGCGUGCAAGAUUUCGUGAUUGACAAUUUUGUCAAAUCCUGUGCCGGUUAUUGCGUGAUCACCUACAUUUUGGGUGUUGGCGACCGUCACCUGGAUAAUUUGCUUGUCACACCGGAUGGCCAUUUCUUCCACGCCGAUUUUGGUUACAUUUUGGGUCAGGAUCCAAAACCGUUCCCACCUUUAAUGAAGCUACCACCGCAAAUCAUCGAAUCUUUCGGAGGCGCAGACUCCGAAAACUACAACAAAUUUCGCAGCUACUGCUUUGUCGCAUACUCCAUCCUACGCAGAAAUGCCAACUUGAUCUUGAACUUGUUCGAGCUCAUGAAGCCGUCCGAUAUUCCUGACAUCAAAAUUGAUCCAGAUGGAGCUAUGCUAAAAGUGAAGGAGAAAUUCUGUCUUGAUAUGUCAGAGGAAGAGGCAAUUAUACACUUCCAAAAUCUCAUCAAUGCAAGCGUCAGUGCCCUUCUACCGCUCGUCAUCGACCGUCUUCACAACUUGGCUCAGUACUGGCGAGCUUAA